AUGUUUUCUCGGCUACUAUCAUCCAGAAAUGCACCAAUUGCAAGUCGGAAAAUAAUCGGAAGAAAGUGGAUGUCGGCUUUAUCCACAGUUUCGUUAUCAACAGCUCAUCAAAACUCCCACAAUUCGAAAACCUCGUUCCACAACAUGAGAAGAAGAACACAACAUGAAAACAAGUUCCUUCAUACACCACUAUCUUCCGAUGGUUUUCACAUUCAUCAACGGAGAAACUUUGCUUCUAAUUCUCGCAAUAUCAAAGACAAGGCUGCCACUCCAAAGCUCAACCUAAAAGAUGAGGUCCUUCCUUGUCAUGAACAUUUAGACCCAGAUGGAAACAUUUUGAGCAAGAGUGAAUGGAUCCACGUAAAUGGAACCCUGCCCAUUUGUUCCGUAGAAGAAGUCAUCGACGCGUUCGAGACACAUGUACUGAGAGAAUCAGAAAGGUGGGGAAUUAUCGACUUGGACGCUCCUUGGAACCCAGUCGAAGAAGCUUCGGUGCCCACUCUUUCGUUGGAUCCCUGGCUGACAGAGGACGGUCCGCGGAUAGUGGAAGCAGCGCAUGUUGUAAUUUCUCCCUUUGGCCGUCCGAAUGGAUGGUAUAUCAAAUUUCCGAAUCGAUCAUUUUCCAAUGCUCUCUUGUCACGAGCUCAACAAGAACACUUUCACAUGUCUUGGAAAGUGGUGCAAGUGUCCGAGCACCACUACGACCCAGUCCGUGAACAGGAAGAAAAUUACGCCUAUAAAAAUGGGUUUGUUGUCGAUGACACCAUGGUGCGCUUUGAAAAUUGUCCACCCGGAAUGAGGGACGAAGACAUUCGGUUGCGUCUCAGUCGUUACGACUUGGCGCCAGAAGGCAAAACGGUCAUGCUAUGGAAGGCUUGGACCAACGAUGGCAAACGGGCUCCAUUAAUGUUUGUGGUUCGUUUUGCCAGUGCCGCUUGGGCCCGCGCGGCCAUUCGGGAAAUGCAAGGUUUGCGAGUGAAUGGCAAGAGUAUCAAGAUGAUUCAAUACCCAAAUCAACUUGUCUACAAGAACGUCACCAAGGAAGAAGAAGAAACAAGAGGCAAGGAUGAUCCCGAAGCACCUUCUGACGCAGCUAGUGACGAUUCCGAAGGGGAAGCAAAAGAGGUGUACUAA